AUGACAUUCGAUAACAAGUAGCCAAAAAAAAUGAAGUCAAAUAUUGGUUAUAUAAAUAUUAGCUACAUAUUCUAUUUAACAUUGAGAUACUUCCACUUCAAAAAGUACAAGUUGCAGAAUAUUAGGUUACUAUUAGACAAUAAGGUGAGGAACAUAAUAAAUAAUCAAUUUAGUUAUAAUAAUUGA